AUGAAGAUAACUUGUAUGUCUAAGAGGAUUCGUUCCCUUCAACACAUCCAUCAAGGAAUUAAUCCCAGCCCAAAUAAAUUACCCUUUCUAUCUAAAAUUCUUUUUCGAUUUGAAUUCCCCCAAAUUAGAAUUCCCGUUAGAAAAAAAGCAUCACUCCCAUUAACCGCCUCACUGUCUAGUCUCGAUUUCUCCGGCUGCGACGACGCCUCCGAUUCCGGCUGCUCAUCGUGGCUCCAGGCGCCGCCGACGUCGAAGCAAUCUCCGAUAUUGCUUGAUGAUGUGAAGAUAUCAGAACAACUGAUUGACCUGGUCUUCUAUCUGCUAGUUCUACUUGGUCCAUACAGACAUGUCAGUAUUCAUUUCCUUGAAAUUUUAGAUCUUUACUCUGUUGUUUGUAGAUAUGUACUUACUACUUCGGAUCCCGGAAUCUCACACCAUACCCAAUGGUAUGGUUCUUCUUCAUUCGGCUCUGAUAGCUUGUAUUGUAAAAUUGUUUCUCCACACUACCAAGAGGUUGCUCAAGCAUUGACUGCAUAUUACAAGGUGGAUAUAUUCAUAGAGGCAGAAUUUGCUGCUGUUUGUGUAGAUGUCAAGUUUCUGCAGACCAACGAUUCAUUUGGAAGUGCUUUCCCUACUACUGAAGAGACCUUGAGUCACCUCUGCCAGAGUCUGUUGCACCUUUGUGAAGCUGAAAGUGUAUCCUACCUGGAAGAGGUGGCCAGCAAAACAUCAACUCAGGAUGUGGCAAAGUCUGUUGGACUCAAGGUUCUUGCUUUGCUAAAAAAAAUGUUUAAUGCUCCCUCUGAGGCAAGCUACCCGAAGGGGCAACUAGAACUUAAUGCAAUGCGCUUGGCAGAUGUCUUGUCAGAUGAUUCAAAUUUUCUGUCCUUCAUCAUGAUAAACUUUAUGAGAAGGAUCUGUCAACAAGCUCGUUCGGUUCUUAUGGAAGGACUAUCAGAAACUGUCAGAUGGAUUCUUCUCUGCUUCUAAUGACAAAGUUCACUAUUAAGUCAUGAUUUUUGAAUGAAGAUGAUGUACAACUGCUGAGGACUAGCUUCUUAUAUUGGACUCUCGGCCCAGAUGAAAAAAAGAGUAGCCCAAUGCUACAAUUUUUCCGGAAUAAGCUUCCUAAAAAAUGAGUUUUAAUGCAGAAAAGGAAGGUAGGAAGGUAAGACUAUCUUGUAAAGAUGACAGGAAAGAUGGCACUAUAUAUUUAAAGAAAACAAUGUAAUUGAUCAAUCAAAAUUGAAUGUCUCAAAGUUUCGAAGAUGAUCUAAAUUGACAGAGUAAUUUUUUUUUGUUCUGCUAAAGAUAUAAUGGUAGAGGUUGGUUUUCAGCAUUGUGGUAUGUCAGCAAGUAGUUUUACAAGCAAGUAGUUUUCCCAUACGUAUUCGAGGAUUCUGGUAACUCUACAUCAAAUCCUAGUCUUUGAGGAUUCUGGCUUCAGCAUCAGAAGCUCAGGACUAGAUAUCUUUUUAUUAUAAAUAACUUGUCCACUGCAAAUGUUGAGGCUAAAGCUAAAGAGUUUAUUGAAAUUUUGAAUUUUAUACUAUCCGUCCAUGUUUGGAACAGGCUCCAGCAUCAGAAGCUCAGGACUAGAUAUCUGGUUUGCGUUGUAUAUAGUUAUGGAGAGGGAGAGAUUUAGCUUGACACUACAUUCCUUACCUUAAAUAGUUCUCUGGAUGCAAUUUACCUUUGGAGUUACUCUUUGUGUUUGGCAUUUUGAAAUAUUUUGAAAUAAAAUUGAAACAUUUGAACAGAGAUAUUGUGCAAGCCAUUUAUGUAAACUGCAAGGUUUGAUUUUUCUACUUACUUUAUUCAUUUUGGAAAGCCGGUUUUUAUUCUUGGUAUUUGUACUAUGUCUAGGUUCUGUUUUAAACAGAACUUGUAAAAUCUAGUGUGGAAGAACUAUCACUGCUGAAAAUUUAGGAAGCUGGCUUGGGAAGAUUACUAUUGGAAAAAAUCAAGUUCUAAGGGAACGAGUGAUAGAUUCUUCUUUUCGUCUGUUUUGUUUUUGAGUUUACUUCAUAAACUUGGAGUUGGGUUGUCUGAAAUCCUCAUGUUGCAAUAAAUAUUAUUAUCUCAUCUUCUUGAUUCAAAUUUUUUUCUGACACAUGGAAGUAUAUUAUUUGUUGAAUGCUUUUAAGGGGCUCAGGAUGCCUGUUAGUCCUUUUACCUCAAAGGUACGAUCCAUGGUUUAUUUUUUAUGUACUUGCGAGUCCAAGUUUAUUUCAACUCAAAAUGUGUUUGUUUUAGAUUUUCAAAGCCUGUUCAAACAGCAUUGCAUACGGGCCUCCUCACCCUUGGGCAGUGGUUCUGUUUAAGCAUUUAAGUGUUGACCUCAAGGAUGUCACACCCUCUUCUCUUCUAAAGGAUGUAGUUUGACAAUUUGAAGUCAUUAAGCAUCAACUUGUUACUCACCUUACGUUGGGCAUUGCUUUACGAGCUAUUUCAGUUGCUCAUACUGAACCUGAUGUUGGCCAUAGUUCCAAUACUAAUCACCGACCCAGUCUUAUUCAAUCUUCUGCUCCACAGAUUGAGGAGUUGUGUGGCAGUGGAGGAGUUCUUAUUCUGGUCCGGCCGUCAUGAACUUAAAGUUAUCAGGCUCAAACAAUAUUUCCUCAUACAUGGAUGCUAUCUCCCACCUAAUAUCUAAAGCUUUAUCUAUUCUGAAAGUGUAUCCUACCUGGAUGAGGUGGCUAGCAACACAGCAACUCAAGAUAUAGCAAAGUUUGUUGGACUCGAGCAAGCUGCCCGAAGGGGCAACUGGAACUUAAUGCAAUGCGCUUGGCAGAUGUCUUCUCAGAUGAUUCAAAUUUUCGGUCAUUCAUCGAUAAACUUUGGAACCCUUAGCUGCAAUCUUUCUAUUCCCUCGUGGAGAGUUUGUAUCUGGCCGGUGCUCAUCUGACCUUCUAGUUUCUGAAGAGGAUGCACCAUUAGACUAUUGUACCUCGUUUCUCUUGUGCUCAUCAAAGAACGUCUUUGUUGAUUAAAGUGAUUGCAAACCUUCAUUUCUUUGUUCGUGAUGUAUGCCACGAUGAGAAGGAUCUGUCAACAAGUUCAUUUGGUUAAUACAAAAGGACUAUCAGAAACUGUCAGUUGCAGGAGUUUUGAAUGAAGAUGAUGUAUAACUGUUGAGGAGCUUGGGAAGGAGUGGACAGAACAACUAGGUUGACUGAAACUGACAUGGUUGGCUGGAGUGCAGGUGUUGCUGCAGCCUCUCCUCCCUCGCUGGACGCACGGCAGCCUUGGCCGCAGAGUGCAGUCCGCUGCAGGGUGGUCUGCCAUCUCAUAGAAAGGGAAGAGACUAUCCAUCGCCGGUGAUUAGCACGUUGCCUCGGCCCAUCGUCCGUCGGCAGUCGAGGCAGCAACCGGUGCUAAAUGUGCCGAAGCUAGUUCUCUCUUCUUUCUCGUAUUGUAAUACAGUAGCUCUACGUGUAAACUUUCUUCAACAUGUAAUAGUUAGUUGGGGUGUGUUUCGUUUUUCCUUUAUUUCUAUCAUUCUCAUUGUAAUUCAAUACAUAGCUUAAGACUUUCAUAUAUUGUAUUUCGUUCGUUUAAGAAAUACACACAUACUCUUCCGCUCCGUUUGAGCUUA